ACUUUUUAAUCCGGCGAUGUUCCCACUCGGACUCGCCCAAAAUUAACCCGGCGGCCGCCUCAGUCCAGAUCCAAUCUCGAGAGAGACCCCUUCCUCUUCUCUCCUCUUCCUCUUCUCUCUUCACCAGAUCGGAGAGAAAACCACCGCACGCACACUCUCUCUCAACUGGACAAGACCGCUAUCAGAUCGACGAAGGAGAGGAGAAGAUGUUCAAGUUUCUAAAGGGAGUGGUGGCCGGAUCCGGCGCCGGCAUCAAGGAUCUCCCUUACAACAUCGGCGAGCCCUUCUCCUCCGCCUGGGGAUCCUGGACCCACUAUCGAGGCACGAACAAGGAUGAUGGGUCAUCUGUUUCCAUAUUUUCCCUUUCAGCCAGUAACAAUCAAGAUGGACACUUGGCUGCUGGUCGCAACGGUGUUAAGCGCUUACGUACAGUCCGGCAUCCAAAUAUCUUAUCUUUUCUUCAUAGUACUGAAGCUGAAGUUCUCGAUGGUUCCAUUUCCAAGCUAACAAUUUAUAUUGUGACUGAGCCAGUUACACCUCUCUCAGAGAAGAUCAAGGAACUAGGUCUGGAAGGUACACAGAGGGAUGAAUAUUUUGCCUGGGGACUCCACCAGAUAUCUAAAGCCGUGAGCUUUCUGAACAAUGACUGCAAGCUUGUUCAUGGUAACGUGUGCUUGUCCAGUGUUGUUGUGACUCAAACCUUGGACUGGAAACUUCAUGCUUUUGAUGUCCUAUCAGAAUUUAAUGCAAAUAAUGAUCCCAUGCUGCAAUUUGAAUGGUUAAUUGGUUCACAAUACAAACCAAUGGAAUUGUCGAAGUCAGACUGGCAAACAAUUAAAAAGUCACCUCCUUGGGCAAUCGAUUCAUGGGGCUUGGGAUGUUUGAUUUAUGAAAUCUUUUCUGGAAUGAGGCUGGCCAAAACAGAGGAGUUGCGUAAUACUAGUGCUAUCCCAAAGUCUCUACUUCCAGAUUAUCAGAGACUCUUAAGUUCGACACCCUCCCGCAGAUUGAAUCCUUCAAAGCUUAGUGAUAACAGCGAAUAUUUUCACAACAAAUUGGUGGAGACUAUACAGUUUAUGGAAAUUCUGAAUUUAAAAGACAGUGUUGAGAAAGACACCUUCUUCAGGAAGCUCCCGAACUUAGCUGAACAACUCCCCCGUCAGAUUGUGCUGAAAAAGUUGCUUCCACUGUUAUCGUCUGCUUUAGAAUUUGGUUCAGCUGCUGCCCCGGCGUUGACUGCAUUACUGAAAAUGGGAUCUUGGCUUUCAACAGAGGAAUUUAGUAUCAAGGUAUUGCCAACUAUAGUUAAACUUUUUGCCUCUAAUGAUCGAGCUAUUCGAGUGAGUCUUCUGCAACACAUAGACCAGUUUGGAGAAUCAUUAUCGGCUCAAAUAGUUGAUGAACAGGUUUUUCCUCAUGUUGCCACUGGAUUUUCAGAUACCUCUGCUUUCCUCCGUGAGCUGACGCUGAAGUCCAUGUUAAUUUUGGCCCCGAAGUUGUCUCAGCGUACUAUUUCAGGAUCACUAUUGAAGUAUCUCUCAAAGUUACAGGUAGAUGAAGAACCUGCUAUUAGAACAAAUACUACAAUUCUUCUUGGGAAUAUUGCCAGUUACCUCAACGAAGGGACAAGGAAAAGAGUUUUGAUUAAUGCGUUUACUGUCCGUGCCUUACGUGAUACCUUCUCUCCAGCCCGUGCAGCAGGUGUUAUGGCUUUAAGCGCCACUAGUUCAUAUUAUGAUAUGACAGAAAUUGCAACACGCAUCUUGCCAAAUGUUGUCGUGCUCGCUAUUGAUCCUGAUGGAGAUGUGAGAGCAAAAGCAUUUCAGGCGAUAGAUCACUUUUUGCUUGUGGCAAAACAACAUCAUGAAAAGCUAAAUGCAGGAGAGGGUCCUGACAGUGCAAGUGGUGGAACACCCUUAUUACCUGGAAAUGCUAGUUUGCUUGGGUGGGCAAUGAGUUCUUUGACACUGAAAGGGAAAACUUCUGAAUAUGCUCUACUUGCUUCUGGAAAUUCUAGUAUGCCACUGACCUCGGCAACCUCAAAUGCUAGCUCAGUUAUAGACACCUCGGAUGUUAUAGCGGCCCAUUCAAGUCCAAGCAUGAGUGCACCAGAUCAACCACAACCUUCAUCCCCAACAUCAACCGAUGGUUGGGGUGAACCUGAAAAUGGUCUUUUCCAUGGCGAUCAUGACAGUGACAAAGAAGGAUGGGAUGACCUUGACCCACUCGAGGAGCAGAAACCAACUCCACUUUCCAAUAUACAGGCUGCUCAAAAAAGGCCAAUGGUGCAACCGCAAUCUCAAGUUACAACAAGUUCUUCACGGCAAAAACCAGCACUGAAGGCGCCAAAAGAAGAAGAGGAUGAUUUAUGGGGUGCUAUCGCUGCUCCGGCUCCUAAAUCUGCUGCAAAGUCUCUCAAUGUGAAGCCUGCAUCAACCAGCAGUGAUGAUGAUCUCUGGGGCUCUAUUGCUGCUCCCCCACCAAGGUCAGCUUCAAAGCCUCUGAAGAAAACAGUGGUGGAUGAUGACAGUGAUCCAUGGGCAGCCAUUGCUGCACCUCCCCCAACUACCAGAGCAAAGCCCUUGACAUUGGGCAGAGGCCGGGGAACAAAAGCUGCUCCAAAGUUGGGAGCUCAGCGGAUGGAUCGGACGUCUUCUUCAUGAAAACUGUAGAAAAAAGAAAUUGUAGAGAAAUGGUGAUAUGAUUCUGUUUUUUCCCCUCCUUUUCUUGGCUCGCUCUCUCAUUACGGUUUUCUUUCUCAUAUCAAUUUUUGUAGUAUUCCCCGUCAGCUUCAAUUUCUAUAUGAUUCAUCCAGUGUAUUCUAUUGUAUAUUUGUAUGCUGCUCCCAUCAAAAAAUUAUGCAUGUUUUCGACGCAAAGUGUCUAUUUGUUGCUCUGUUGAUAUUGUAGUAUCAAGUAUCGUUGUAUGUUGGACGUUGUCAAUUUGUAACCUUGAAGAAACAGUUAUCCGAAAGAAAUAGUUCACUUUGAUA